CCCUUUUUCUUUUCAACGCCGCAUUCUUGGUUUCUCACUUUCUUAUAUAAAUGGGAGAUUUUAGACUUUUGAUCUGAAACACAUUGCAUACAUUCCACUCAAUGGAGUAUUCUGAUUAUACUCGAUCUGUCCAGCGUUUUUGUGGUUCAGAUUUCGAGAUCCUCAGCGCUUUUGGAAUAUCAGUUCAUGGGGAUGUGUGGUAUAGGAAAAUUAAUCUUGCAUUAGAUGAUAUGAUAUCCAAGAUGUCCAGGUCCAAGUUAGGACAAAACCGGGGACAAAUGUUUCAGCUAGAGAAAGAAUCAUUUUAGACUAUGCAUUCAUGAGCUGUGGUGAUGAAUAUUCACCAGAUGAUAUGCUUUGUGCAGGAUACAAUUUGUUGGCAUACAGGGAAGAUUUCAUCACGUUGGUAUCGGGUUAUGUAUCUACAAACAUUGUCCAGAUUUGGUGCCAAAGAAUGAUGAUAUUUGUAGACUUCAAGUCAUUGACAACAAGGCUCAUUCCUGAAGGUGUUAAACAUAAGGACAAGUAUGGGGAAUCAAGUAUGGGGAAUGUACAGAUAAACUAUUUUCGAACCAACCGGCGUCGCUUGUGUUUCCUGGAGGCUUUGUGUGUUCCAGGCGGUGGAGUAUUCUGCGUUGGUGAGAAGUGAGCAGCGGGCAACGACCGGUUUUCGAACCAAGUUUGGUAUGCCAAAGCAGUUUCGGUUUGGUGAGCAGCGAGGAGAUGUCUGACGUUAGUGGUGUCCGUCGGCGCACGCAGAGUUCCGGCGACGAGAGGCCUACAACGAGUAGAG